CGGCGCGUCGGAGUACCGCCGGCGGAGACGGCCGGCAGCUUCGUUGGAGGUACUGACGCCGCGAGGACCCGAGGGUGCCAGUGAGGACGCCAGGCUGUCCAACCCGGCCCCGCCCCGAAGCCAUGCCGCCGUAUGACCCCUGACCCGACCGGACCCCACUUGGAACCGCUCUGUCCCAGCUUUGAGUGGGGCCUCUGAUCCCGCCCAGGCCGGCCUUGGACCCAGCCCCAGCCUCCAGAAUCCGGGUGCGCGCCCCUAGAGCCCCGCUCUCCCUGCCAUGCAUGGAAAGCUGCUGCCGCUGGCCGGCCUCUACCUGGUGCAGGGCCUGCCCUACGGGCUGCAGUCUGGCCUGCUGCCCGUGCUGCUGCGGGCGCGCGGCCUCUCCCUGACACGCGUGGGACUGGCCAAGGUGUUGUACGCGCCGUGGUUGUUCAAGCUCGUGUGGGCCCCCCUGGUGGACACGUGGGGCUCCCUGAGAACCUGGCUGACGCUCAGCACAGCUGCUCUGGGUCUGGCGUGUGGGCUGCUGGCAGCCCUGCCUCCUGCCGAAGCUGGCCAGGCCGGGCUGCCCUCCACUGUGGCGGGGCUGCUUUUGCUGCUGAACCUCGCUGCAGCUGUGCAGGAUGUGGCCCUGGACACACUGGCUAUGCAACUUCUGGCGCCCUCUGAACUGGGGCCUGGCAACACCGUGCAGGUGGUGGCUUACAAGCUGGGGGCGGUGCUGGGGGGUGGGCUGCUGGCCCUUGUACCCCCCAUCUCCUGGGCCCUGCUUUUUCAGCUCCUGGCUGCCACCUACUGGCUGGUUGCUGCCUUGGCCUGGGUUGCGCCAGCCCUGCAACAGUUACCCCCACCUCAGCACUCAGAGCUGCCCGGACAUGCCCUGCACCUUUGGCAGGACUUGCUGGCCGUGCCUGGGACCCUGUGGACGGUGGGCUUUGUGCUCACCUACAAGCUGGGUGAGCAGGGUGCCGGCAGCCUGUUCCCCCUCCUCCUGCUGGACUGCGGCAUUUCCACCUCCGAGCUGGGGCUGUGGAAUGGUGUGGGUGCUGUGGUAUGCUCCAUUGCUGGCUCAUCCCUGGGCGGGGUCCUACUGGCCAAGCACUGGCAGCCACUGCACCUGCUGAGGUCAGUGUUUCGGUUCUGUCUCGGAGGCCUGGCCUGCCAGACUGCCCUGCUCUUUCCCCUGGUUGCUCCUGCGGCCCCGCUGGGUACCCGCACAGUAUUAAGAGGGGCAGCCUUGCUGAGCCUGUGUCUCCAGCACUUCCUGGGGGGUUUGGUCACAACCACCACCUUCACCCUGAUGAUGCACUGCAGUCAGCUGGCACCCAGUGCCCUGCAGGCCACGCACUACAGUCUCCUGGCCACGCUGGAGCUGCUGGGGAAGCUGCUGGUGGGCUCACUGGCUGGAGCCCUGGCUGACAGCCUGGGGCCACACCUCUGCUUCUGCUUCUUCCUUGUUGUCUCAGCCACACCCGUCCUGUACUUGGGCCUGGCACCCAGCAUCCUGGCCUGAGCUGGGUGGCCAGACUUGUCAAUAAAGUGGAGUGUGCAUGUGG